CCCGCCUUUCCGCGUUGGCUCGCGUGUGGGCGCAGCCCUAGGCACCGCCUCGUCUCGGAGCUCCCACCUUGGGCGCGCAAUGGAGACUGAUUGCUGGCUGCUGGGCGGAGAGUUCGAGGAUUCCGUGUUCGAGGAGAGGCCGGAGCAGCGGCCUGGACCGCCGGCUUCCUACCGCGCCAAGCGCUGCGAGCCGCAGUGGUUUUAUGAAGAGGUGGGGAGCAGUGAUGAUGCUGAAGCUCUAACGAUCAAGAAAUUCAAAGGCGACCUGGCCUACAGACGGCAUGAGUAUCAGAAAGCACUGCAGGAAUAUUCCAGUAUCUCUGAAAAAUUACCGCCUACAAAUGUUGCCAUGAAAAGGGAUGUGGAGGAAGGGCAGGCUCGCUGCCUCGCUCGUCUGGGAAGGCACGCAGAAGCACUGGAGAUUGCUACAAACUUGGAAAAUAAAGCAACCAACACAGACCAUUUAACCACUGUGCUCUGCCUCGAGCUUGCUAUCUGUUCAAGUUUGCAGAACGUGGAGAAAACCAUUUUCUGCCUACAGAAACUGAUUUCUUUGCAUCCUUUCAACCCUUGGAACUGGGGCCGAUUGGCAGAGGCUUACAUGAAUCUGGGGCCAGCUCUCCCAGCACCGAUUGCGUCAUCUCACAAUCAGAACAGUUUCACCUCAAGUGACAAAAGUAUCAAAUCCUCCUUUCCACAUUCAGGAAAAGACUGUCUUUUGUGUUUCCCUGAAACAUUGCCCGAGAGCUCUGUGUUUUCUAUGGAAGCAAACAGCGGUAAUAACCAGAAGAAUGAGAAAGAUCCUAAUAAUAUUCAAAACUCUGUGGCCAGAAAGAGAGAAGCAGUGUUGCCAGAGAUUCAGAUGAAAGCAUGUGCCUCUUUCAUACGAACCAGGCUGUUGCUUCAGCUCACCCAGUCUCAGCAAACAUCGUUUGCUUUGGAGAGGAACUUGAGGACUCAGCAGGAAAUUGAAGAUAAAAUGAAAGCGUUCAGCUUCAAAGAAGACACUUUGCUGUUGAUAGCCGAGGUUAUGGGAGAAGAUAUUGCCCCAGAAAAAAUAAAAGACGAGGUUCACGCCGAGGUGAAGUGUGUCGGCUCUGCGGCCCCGACCCCCUUGGUGAUUGCAUCUUCGAAAGAAUUUGAAGACAGGUGGUUCAGAAAGAUCAAAGACCACUUCUGCGCCUUUGAAAAUCAGUUGCGUACAGAGAUACAAAUCUUGGCUUAGCAGUCCCUUUAAAAACAAACAAAACGUCUUGCCCUGUAUUGAUUGUCCUUGUUUUACUUUAGAGAGAAUCCACUACUAAUCGUGUAAUAUGGAGAAUUAAAAAUGAUUAUUUGUGUUUUAUAAAAAUGGCUUAUCUCCCA